GGGCCGAGGCGCGGGAGCUGGUGGAAGCUGCAGAUGCCCGCUCCUCGUGCCUGCGGGCCUGGGCGCCAUCCGGCCGAUUCAGAAGUAGAUACAUUGCAUCUGGGCUGUACCUUGGUUGGUAAAGAACUUGCCUGGCACACAUGGGUUUCGUCCCCAUCCCCAGCAUUGAUACACCAUGCACAGGGGCAAGUGCCUGUCAUUUUAGCGCCCAGGAGGUAAAGGCAAGAGAGCCACAAGUCCAAAGUCAUUCUUGGCUACAUUAGAUUAGGAAGUGGUUGUCUGGCUAGUUUCCAGAGUCUGAAUGAACUACAGAUCAUCAAAUAUAGCAGCUCUCCAAGAAGACCUGUUGCUUUGGGGGAACACGCCUCCCAGCGACUGCAAGGGAUGCUGUUACUCUACCGCCAAUUGAAACCAGCUCUUCCUCAGAAGGUUUUCUGUAGGCUCUGGGCUGUGAUGGGGAAACUGCAGAGCAAACUCAGACACAGCACUUACAAAUACAGGCCUGAUGGACUUACAGAAGAGAGAGUCCAGACUAAAGCGUUCCAAGAGUACAGCCCCGCUCACGUGGAUGCAGUCUCUGUGGUUGCUACUCUGAACUCAGACCUUUGUGUCUCUGGAGGAAGAGACAAGACCGCUGUGGCGUAUAAUUGGAAAACUGGACACAUGGUGAAAAGGUUCAGAGGACAUGAGCGGGAAAUCACUAAGAUAGCCUGUAUUCCCAAAUCAAACCAGUUUUUCAGCGCCUCUCGAGACAAGACAGUCAUGAUGUGGGACCUGCAGGGCUCCUCCCAGCCCAGACAGCAGCUGUCUGGACAUGCCAUGGUGGUCACUGGCUUGGCUGUGAGUCCAGACUCGUCACAGCUGUGCACCGGCUCUCGGGACAACAGCUUGCUUCUGUGGGAUCUGGGUACUGGACAGUGUGUGGAGAGAGCGUCCGUCUCCAGGAACCUGGUCACUCACCUGUGCUGGGUCCCCAGAGAGCCGUAUGUACUCCAGUCCUCCGAGGAUAAGACCAUCAGGUUAUGGGAUAGUCGGGGGCUUCAGAUGGCUCACGUGUUUCCCACAAAGCAGCAGAUCCAGACCCACUGUGACGUCAGCGUGGACGGACACACGUGUGUCUCCUGCAGCAGCGGCUUUGGGGGUGAAGGCUGUGAAGCCACAUUGUGGGACCUGAGGCAGACAAGAGACAGAAUGUGUGAGUAUAAGGGGCAUUUCCAGACAGUUGCAUCCUGUGUCUUUCUACCAAAACCCACGGCCUUGAUGCCUAUGAUUGCUACCUCAGCACAUGACUCUACGGUGAAGAUCUGGAACCAAGACACUGGAGCCUGCCUAUUCACCUUGUCUCUGGAUGGAUCAGGCCCCUUGACCUCCCUGGCUGUUGGUGAUAUCGCCUCCUUGUUAUGUGCCAGUUUCUACAGAGGAGUUCACUUACUCAGAGUGGACCACAGCCGAGGGCUGGAACUUCAGGAAGUGGCAGCCUUCUGAAGCCAAGACAUUGACUGGACAAUAUCAAACCAUGGCCUCUCCUCUCUGUGUGCCUUUGUGUUUUUCCAUAUGAUGUUGAGGGGCAGGGUGCAGGAUUGGUGUUCUUUUCUUAGGAUCAUUUAGAAGGCAUGUUAAGGUUAGAUGUUGGUUAAAGUCCAAUGAUUCAGAAAUCAGGAUGUUUAUCUUUGUGUUUGCACCAGGCUCACUCUGUAGCCCAGGCUGGCCUUGAGCUCAUAGCAACCCUCCUGCCUCAGUCUCCUGACUGCUGGAAAUAAAGGUGUGAUCCAGCAUGCCCAAGAAAAUUCAGGUUAGAAACAUGGACUCAAUAUAAAGUUCUUGAUCUCAGGUAAAUCUGAACGGAGUCUUUAGUGUUGCCCAGGAGUCGUGCAAACACUCAAGGACACUGCCCCAUAUUACAGGAGUUGUUAAGCCUGCCCCAUGUACCAAAAAGCAGAGGGGAUGGGAGAUGACGGCCAGGAGAUAAUGCAUUUGUAAUUUGAAUGUUUUUAUCCAUAUAAAAACAUUACACAUCUGCAUCCUCCCUGCCUUCCAUUCUUGGGGAUGGCCAGAGGCAAGAAGCCAUCUCUGGAACAUAGACCAAGGAGCACAGAGGGAUGGAAUCAGCUGAGCGCAGCCACUGAGCUCCCUUCAGUGAGGAGGGUCAAGGUGCUUGCGUCAGUCCUCAGCCUGGAGCUCAGAAGCCCAUUUUCCUUGAGAGAAAGUGGAGCCCUUUUUGGCUUUAGGUGAGUCCUAAAAUAAGGCAACUGAGGCCUGGCUAGAGAAUGGCUGCCCUUAUAGCUGCUGGCUCCUGUCUGUCCAUUUCCUCUCUCCUUCCAGCUGUCAGGGUCAGAGGGAGAGUGUGUUCAUGAAGGCACAUAGUGUGACCUGAGUGAAGUUCCAUGGGAUUCACCUUGAGAAAGUUAUGAAAUCUCGGGUUCCUCACGUGUAAUAUGGUACUCAGGGCCAUACCUCCCUCACAGGGCUGAUCCUGAGGGCAAGCUACAAGGGAGUCAGUCACUCAGUAGCUUGUCUGGGACUGAAUAAACAUAAUAAACAUUUACCAUUCCUUCA